AUGCCCAGGUACCAGGAACUUGUUGAGCUUGUAGAUGGCUUGCCAGAGACAGAACCUGAUGCUGGACCAGUCAACCUGCCUGUCUGGGCAUCUUGGGCCUGGAGUGCCCAGUAUUUGCCCCAGGAGAUGCAUGGCAAUGGGGAUUCCUUCUGGAAGGCACUGUAUCAAUUGCAAAGUGAAAAGUUUGCAUCCACCCAGAAAGGUCUUACCAUUGUACUGGGAUUUGGUUUGUUGUGGAGGGAGUGCAAAAGAGCACAGGACAUAGAAUCAGAUGACCCUGAAGCUGCUAAUCUGGGCUUUUUGCUAGGCUCAGGUCUUGAUAUCCACAAGGGGGAAGAUGUUAUGGGUGCAGUGGGGCUGGUAGUUGCAAGACUGCAGCAGAAUUCUGGUGGCUCAAGCAGAGGGAUUGGUGCACAGGAAACAACUGGGGUCAGUGCAGGGGAUUCCUGUCCCACCCAGGGGGGUGGCAUGAAGGAAUCCUGGAAUACAAGAAAGGAUGUGAGGAAAAGAAAAAGGGGAGGCAGUGGGGAUGUUGAUCAGAAGAUGGCAAAGGAGGGUGAAGAGGCAAGCAAGAAAUCAACUAGAGCUCGUCAACCAACCAAGAGAGCUCUGGGUCUUGGUCUAUAA